UAAUUGUCUUCUGAACUUCUUGCAGAUCUUUACACAAAGAAUAUGUUUCAGCUCCUGCAGUCUGCCUAUUCUACAAUAAGCAUCCAAGACACAGCUCUCUUCCUUGGAAUGAGCGAGGAUGAUGCCACAACUUUUGUACAACAGCAAGGUUGGGCUGUGGACCCUGCUUCUCAAAUGCUUACUGUGAAGAAGCAGCCCAUUGUUACAGAGCAGAAACUGGAUGCCAGUAAAUUGCAGAACUUGACAGAAUAUGUAUUCCAUCUAGAGCAUUGAAGGAGCUUUUAAGAACCUGAAGCUGUGAAUUGUCUUUUUAAUCAGCUGCAUACUUAGAUCAUGUUUAGAAGAGUAAACAGGAUCUCAGAUUUUGUAUUUACGCAACACUUAGAGCA